AAAGCCUGUUAAAAGAAAACAUUCUCAGCAGGCUACAAAAGCUUUAGGGUUUUUGUAUCCUGGUUUGAGCUUCGUCAUCGUUUCGCGCCGCUCCUCUCACAGAACCAAUGGCACCGAAGAAGGACAAAGCUCCGCCGCCAUCAUCUAAGCCCGCUAAAUCCGGCGGAGGCAAGCAGAAGAAGAAGAAGUGGAGCAAGGGAAAGCAAAAGGAGAAGGUGAACAACAUGGUUCUGUUUGAUCAGGCAACUUACGACAAGCUUUUGUCUGAGGCUCCAAAGUUCAAACUGAUCACUCCUUCUAUUCUCUCUGACCGUUUGAGGAUCAACGGAUCGCUUGCGAGGAAAGCGAUAAGAGAACUGAUGUCUCGAGGAUCGAUCAGGAUGGUGUCUGCUCAUUCAAGCCAGCAGAUCUACACCAGGGCCACGCACAACUAGUCUCCUUCUCUUUUGUUUUCUUGAUCUAUUUCUGGUUUGUCUAAUGUAUCUCUGAGGUCAUGACUCGUGUGUUUAGAUGAUGAUGAUGGUCAUUUUUUUUUCUUUGAAUCUGUAGACUUUUCUCCAAUGCUUUUCUUUAUUUACAAGUCUA